AUGACGAACCCGAUUAAACGUGCCGUCUCCGAUACGGACAGUGAUGUCCUGGCACUACUGGGCAAAAAGCAACAGCUGAAGCGACGCUUUGGUUUCUGGUCGCUCUUCGGUUUCGCCGUUUGCGAGCUGAUCACGUGGGAGACAGUUCUAGCUCUCUUCAGUCAAGCCUUCAACAAUGGCGGUCCAGCCGGAUGCAUCUACGGCUUCAUCAUUGCCUGGUCUUCUACGCUCUCCGUUUAUGUGGUGAUCUCCGAGCUCGCCUCGAUGGCGCCCAUCUCAAGUGGCCAGUGCUAUUGGGUCUACAUACUCGCUGCACCUCGCUGGAAAGUCUUUGCGAGCUAUGUAGUUGGAUGGCUCACGUCGCUCGCCUGGGUCGCGACGGUAGCGACAGAGUGCUUAUUCGCUGGCACGAUCCUCCAAGGGCUGAUCAUCCUCGACAACGAUGAUUAUGAAGGAAAGCUCUGGCAAGGCACGCUUCUCUCGUGGGCUGUAGUCACCCUUUGCGUCCUCGUCAACACGGUCGUGCCAGGCAUGCUGCCACGUUUCGAGAUCUUCAUCAUUGUCUUCCAUCUGGCCGGAUUCGUGGCUAUUGUGGCUGUUUUGUGGCACUUUGCGCCCCAUGGCAGUUCGUCAUUCGUCUGGGCUACUGCGUACAACAAUGGAGGCUGGCCUACACAGGGGCUCAGCUACUGUGUUGGCUUUUUGGGCAAUGUAGCUACCUUUGUUGGAGCCGAUGCGUCGGUGCACCUAGCAGAGGAAGUCAGCAAUGCGGCAAAGAACAUUCCUAGAGCCAUCUGCGCCAGUAUGCUCAUCAACGGAAUGGUUGGAUUCGUUAUGCUUGUAACAGUGCUUUACUGCCUUGGAGAUCCUGAGUCGGUCCUCGAGACAGCGACUGGCUAUCCCUUCAUUCAGGUGUUUUACAACGCCGUAAACUCCAAAGCGGGAGCAACAGUGAUGGCUGCCGUUGUGCUUGCACUCACCUGGGCUUGUGCCAUCGGCAUCACGACCACUGCGUCCCGCAUGGCCUGGAGUUUUGCUCGCGAGCGAGGGACACCAUUUUCGGGCACCAUCUCCAAGGUCGCCAAACACAACAAAGUGCCGAUCAUCGCCGUGUGUGUUGUUUCAGGUCUGGCUGCGCUGCUGCAUCUGAUCUACAUCGGUUCUGCCGUCGCCUUCAACGACGUUGUCAGCUUGACUAUCACUGGCUUCUAUACGUCGUACUUCAUGCCAUGCUCGAUGUUGCUGUACCGCCGCAUUAAAGGUCAGAUCGCGCCACAUAUCAAACACCCUCAGCAUACCCAAGGCUACGACCCGGAAGUAAUAGACAGCAGCACUGUCGUCGAUCCGGGCAAUGCUGAAACCGCUGCGGGUGCAGACAAGAAAAUCGCAGAAGGACCUGGCUCGGACGUUGCGCCACCUACUCACCGUCAUGAUUCAGUCGUGAUAGAAGACGCUCCUCUGGUAUGGGGCCCAUUCAGCCUUCCUGGCUGGUUCGGGAUCAUCAACAAUGCCUACGCCUGCUUGUACAUGAUCUUCGUUGUCUUCUGGUCCGUCUGGCCCCCAGCGACGCCAGUGACAGCGGAGACCAUGAAUUAUUCGAUCGUCGUCACUGGAGGUGUCAUUAUCUUUGCUAUCGUGUACUAUUUCAUCAUCGGGAAGCAUCAGUACAAGGGCCCCAUAGUCGAUGCGGAUGUGCAAGAAGUUGUGGAACGACGCCGUGGCAGCGUAUUGAGUGUCAGAGAUACCCUCUGA